ACCCCUUCCCCUGGUGCCUCCAGCCUUACAAUGUUGAGAAGGUGGGAGACAUAGGCUGAGACCAUCUGACAGACAGGUAAGCUGAGGCUGGCAGACAUGGGUGGAGCCCAUCACAUGAGCUGGACCUAGAGCACGUGACCUGUUCUCCCCUCAUGGCUGCUGCAGUCUGCCAGCCAUACCCUCUCACUCACCCCUCCACAGAUGCAGCAAGCUGGGCCCGAGAACACCCCAGCCACCCUGACACACCACCCAACAUCUACAAAGGAGGUCUGGGUGCUCAGCAGCAGCAGUGCCCCAGUGCCCAGAAGCCCAAGAACUUCCGGCUAUGCCAUCUGCAGGGCCAGGCUCCCUACCUGCCAGGCCACAUGCAGCCCACUGGCCAGCAUAAGAGCCACUGGCUAGGCCAGCUCAUGACCAGGGACUGCCCGCUACAGCCCAAGGGCAUGGCCUGGACCCUGGAUCUGCCACAGGAGACUCUGAGCCCAUGUAACAGCCACCGCUCAGCCCUUCUGGUAGCUCAAAUGCCCAGGGACAACCUGGGAAAUAUAGCUCCCAGUUCCGGCACGGACCCAGCCAAGGGUGCCCCCUCCCAGCCGGAUCCCCCCUCCCAAAUGCUCGGGCUCAGGCGCAAGAGAUCCCGGAGGGCCUUGGAGGAGUCCACAUGUCCCUUGUGCAAGAGGACUCACUCUGGGGCACUGGAGGGGCCGUAGUGAUGGACUGCCUGCUGGCGCCCCCAGGGAGGGGCGCGGAUGCCAGCAGGAGGGGCAGGCAGGUCCCGAGAGGAAUGGCUAUGCCCCACCAGCGGCCCCCUCACACCGAGGUGCCCCAGCAGCUGCCCAGCACCAGAGC